AUGGAGGGCCAAACGCAAGAUUCUGAAGUCACGCCGCGUCUCCCACGUCAGUAUCAGGCUGAGGUGCGCGAAGCUUCCGUUGAUGAGCUUGCGCAUGAUGAUUUGUAUGGGGGCGGAAACCAGCCCCGACACGUAUCAUUGAGCGAGGCCCACGACGCAGGAAACUCUCAAUGGAUAGCCGACUACUUCACCGAGGAGCCCAUCGAUUUUGCUCAAGAGCUUCAAUCGACCAGCGCGGGGCAUCAGCAACCCACUACCACGCGCAACGAUGGUCGUUCAUGGAGGAAUUACCGGCGACCAAAAGAACUGGCGCUCAGAUUUGAGCUCCCGCGCCGGGUCUCAACCCCCGAAGAAUCAGAAAGCAGUAUCAUCACCGAAGACUUUAGUGAGAGCGAGUCAUGGUCAUUGAGCAGCGAAGAGGAUACGCCUCCGAGAGAUCCCCCACUUUUACAGCCUAACCGCUAUGCGAUGCAUCCAAGGGACAUCGAGGGCAACAGGCUCUCAUUUCAGGUGCAGACCAAACCUUUGAGCAGCAGCAUCGCCUUGAGUGAAGAAUCUGAUAAACUCGAAAACAAGGAGGGCCCGGGAGCACAGAAGAAGGAACCGGGAGACAAGAAUCUGGAGAUACGGAGAAUCACCAGAGCAAUGGCGAUCGAGUCUGACGCCCAGAACAUGCUUGAAAUUCACACUCUACCAAGUCUGGCGAGCCCUCGAUUGCGAACAAGCAUAGCAACAACAUGGUACCACCUCAAUGGUAGUCAUCUCGACUUUGACCGCUUCGAAAACGUCUGCCUCACUAUCCCACAUUUGUCUGACCGCCUACAGGCCCUUACCCGCGAGGUCUUGUUGAAACUGCGAGGCGAAAAGAUUAAGCCAUUUGUAGGCGGUAGGUUCAUCGAGCCAGGGACCGUUCUUCGAGCCGACGAAUCCGAUCCAACAGACACCCAGUCCGUGAUCUUCAGCUGCGUACCUUACUUCGGUCUCCAACAAGUUGCAAAGCCUACUACUGGGCAAGAAGAUUCACUGUUCUCUCCACGUACCUUGAUGCAGGCUUUGUAUCCGUAUGAAUCUGUUCGUGAAAGAGAUGAGGAACAGUCAUACAGGAGGUUUGGCAAUGAUCCGAUGAAUAACAUCGUUCAUGUCCCCGGCCUGUGGAUCAUUAACAUUGGAUCUACUGCUAUUGUGACAUACGGACACGAGACUCUGCCUAUAGCAAUGAAAAAUUCGAUCGGCAUUGUUGAAGAAGAUAUUAGGCUUAUUGGCAGGCAGAGCAUCACAAAGAACACUCUGACCAAGGUUCACAUCACCAAUCGCGACGGGAGCAGCCUCAUAUAUCCCAUAGGUGAUUUCAGAUCCUAUUUCCAGCUGGAAUCGCGAAUUCUCCACAGCAAUUCUUCUCUUGAGGGGCCCCUUGUUGGCGAAGGGAUCAACUUGAAAGUCGACGAUGUGGAUGGAGGUACUAUAGUCGGGGCCGGGAACUGGAAAACCAUCGUCUCUCGAGCAGCCCAGCUUGUCUCGAUCACCAUUACGAUUCCAUACGACCAGAUUCGUGACGGAAGAGAUGAAGAAGCCUCGACCGCAGAACUAGCGGCUGUCGGCCCCCCCAAGUGUGUUCCGCCCUUCUUUCACUGGUUGCAGUCUAAGACCAACGAUCUUUCUCAUAGAAGUGGGAAGCCGGUAUUACUCGGUACCACCGGGAAAGACCGGUCCAUCGCCUGCCUGGACUACGUGGAGAAGCUCAUGACGUCGAGGUCUCUUGUUCGUUCAACCAGUCCUGUAGAAGAUGCUUUCACCUCAACCAACUACUACCACUCCUUGCCAGAGACGGUAUGUGAAGGCGUUUCCACGCGACGGUCCGAAUUACAUGAGCUUGUCAAAGCAACGCCUCUACCGGAGUCGGGUUCCAUAAACCACAAGAUGAUUGUCACCACUCACUGCAAACUGCAAGACUGGAUAAUCAAUUCCGUACAGUACCGGCGCGAACUGACGAAUGCGAGCGCUUUGGUGAUUCUUACACAUGCUAGUGAGAUCGCCAAAGACUUUUUAGUUCGAGCCAAAGAGCUUGCCGAAGGUGUUCAGAAUGAGGAUGGACAGUUAUCGUCAUUGUAUACGCUGCCGCAAGAACUGAUUCACGCAUUUCAAAAGAUUUUGAUCUACUACCUGGCGAUCGAGCGAGCUUUGCACGAGAAUGAAAAGACGUAUGGACUCGACCCUCGGUUCCAGGAUUCUCGCAAGCUUACAAACAGACCAUACUCAUCGAGAGAUGUCGAAGUACUCAGACGCUUUGGAUUUCAGGCGCGACGAUCACUGCGCAAAGCUCGGUUUCUGUUCUGCGAUAUGGGUAGACCCGAGUUACCAUUGAACCUUCGCAAGCAUCUUUCCCUGGGACCAGAAUAUGUGUCUCUAUGGUUUAUGAGAGGGUUGCUGAUGAAGCCUCUCGAGCAGGACAAGACUAUCGGCGACAUGUAUCAUGUGUACGUCUCCAAAGUUCAAUUCGAAAUCAAUCACAGACCAAGCAAGCGCCUUCUGCGCGCCAUCAACUUGAUUCAAGAAGAGCUACAAGUCUUACAAUUAGUAAACACCUGGCAGACCAAUCUGGUACGAAAUUAUCUGAAGGUCAUCGAUGACAACACAUAUGAGAAGCUAAGCCCAUCUCGUCGGGCUAUGCAUCCUUACGAGAAAGCUCUGGGAAGGGCCUGCCUAGAUCACCUUUCCCUAGUCCGGCUAGAUUACAUUGAUCUAAUGCGACGUUGCGCCCCGCUCUCCGAUCGCACGAAACAGAUCUUGGAGAUCAACGAAGAAGAUCAUGGAAAGGCUAUCAUGGUCUUCACCGUCGUUACAGUCAUCUUUUUGCCAUUGUCAUUCGUUACAAGCUACUUCGGUAUGAAUGCCUCUGACAUCAGAGACAUGGACGAAACACAAGCUGUCUUCUGGAGCGUUGCCAUACCACUAACCUGCGUCACCGUAGGCUCUUGCUUACUGAUCGGUUACAAUGGCGAUAGCAUACGGGACCUAUUAUCGUCCAUGUACCGCAAAACGAUGAGGAAAGAGAGAGAUACAGUAGAAGCCGCUAGUAUAACCGUUGCGCAACGCCAAGGACCGUCCAAAUCCAAGGGCGGUUUAGACAGCAUCAUUGACCCGUUUGGCGCAGCUUACCACGACUUCCCUAGUCGACGGCGUGAUCUAUACAGAGCGAGUUAUGGCGAUGAUGAUUUUGACGAGUGGUAUGUGCGAGACCACCCUAGGUUGCUGGAUCAGUACAGCAAUCGCUACACCAACUCGACCAACCCAUUCAGUCUAGGCGAUCCUGUCGACGGUUUCAGUCCAUAUGCAGAUGACGCCAGUCGGCGCAGACUUGCAGAGUACGGUCAUAUCCCACCACCACCUCCGCCGCGACCACGACCAAAUGCUACAAUUUUUCGCUCACGCUCGGAGUUCUUGACAUACUCUGACGAAGACGACGACGAAGAAUGGGUCAAACAACCAUAUACUCGCCAACGCUCGGAGCUCUUGACAUACUCUGACGACGACGACGAAUGGUACACGUCCACACGCGGUGGUCACGGAGCGGUAGUUGGAGCCUUGGCCGAAGUCGAAGCCAGAGUCGCGACCGGUUCUACGAAAGAGCACCUGUGCGUCGCGUCCACUAUGCAGAUGAACCUGUAG